UAUUCUUUCAGAGUUGGCGCUGAUCCGAACAUUCUCAGCGAAAUCCAACAGUUCUAUCGCCUAUUCCGGGCUGACACUGUUGAAGAGACUUCUCUACCGCUGACUCCAGCAAGUGAAACUAACGACACGAUGAUUACGGACGAUCCAUUGUCUCAUCUUCUGGCUGAUCUGGAGGCGCUGUUGCUGGACGAAUCAUCAAGCCGAGGACGAAUACUGGUGGUGGAAAGAGUCAUUGAAAUGUUGCGGGGGAUCAAAACUGUGGACGAAGCUGAAGCAGCUCUUCGAACUCUACGAAUGGAAUUCCCUCGGAAAGGUCUCUCUCCGCCAUCGACUUCCAAAGCAUCUAGUCCUAUACCGUCUCCAUCACCCAGAGCUCCGCCAGCACCGCCUGCAGCUCCUCCGCCUCCUAGCGCUUUCAAAUUUCCUGAUGCUCACAGACCGGGAGUAAGCAAAGCUUUUCCAACUGCUCCACCGGCACCACCACCGCCACCGCCUUCGCAAGUUUUACGUGACGCAGGACUUCCCGCUGGAUUACCACAUCCAGGAAAAGGACCGCCCAUACUUCCUCCACCACCUACACUCGGUCUGGUUCCACAAAAGCCGAUUCCUGAGGAAUUGCCUGAAUCGAUGAAACCAAAGCGAGCGCCCAGUGAGACCUUGAAAAUGAAGACUAUAAUGUGGUCAAAAAUCACCCCAUCGGCGGUCGUCCAUGGGCAAGGAUCAGAAAGCAUUUGGGGAGAGUUGGCCAGGGAGAGCACAAAGCUAUCCCUGGAUUUCGAUAUGAUCGAUGGAAUGUUCGCCAUUACACCAGCUCAGAGCUCACCGGCAAUGAUUGAGUCAGCCCAUACACAGGUGUCCUUUAUUGUUUUCAUGCCUUUAGGAGCUUUCGAGCUUUAA